AUGCGGGGCAUUGUGCCUGGUCUUGAGCCGGCAGACACACCGACACACACUCACACACUUGCACCGUGGCAACGAGUGGAGUCGCGGACUGAGGCGGUAAAAGAGCGUAAGCUGUGUGCCGUCGUGGGACUCGGAAUCGCAGCACUUGCGACAGCGUUGUUUGUCCGCUUCGUUUCGAGUGAACGAGACGAGUCUCGUGGAGAGAUUCGACUCCCUUUGCCCUCGUUCAACGCACACAGUCCGUGCACAAGCAAGCAAGUAGAACCUCGUGAAUCCGCGUUGACUUCAACCAGAAGACAAACUGACCAGGUCUCCGACAGUGCCACCAGAAAUGGUACGUUGUGA